AUGGGUUCUAUUUCUACUAGCUACACAAACAACCUGCUGCAAAAGACAGCCAAGGGCCAAAUAUGCAAGGCCUUCGGUAUCCGACUAGUCACCAACCCGCAAGUGGUGCAGCUAGCUUCCAAUUGUGGAUAUGACGCACUCUUUAUCGACCUAGAACACUCGACGUUGUCUCUCCAUGAGGCCAGUCUGUUGUGUAUGGCAGGUCUGGGUUCGGGCAUCACACCCUUUGUUCGUGUCCCCUACCAGUGUGGCGACGGCUUCGUGCAACGCGUUUUGGACGGAGGUGCCAUGGGAGUCAUAUUCCCCCAUAUUCACAACAAAGAUGAUGCCAUAAGCGCGGUUUCCAUUUGCAAAUACCCACCUACCGGAAAGCGGUCCAUGACAGGCCAGCUGCCAUAUUUCCGACUCCAGCCCACACCGGCAGAUAUUUUUACCUCCGAGAAUAACUCCAAUGCAUCAUCUGUCUUUGUGAUGAUAGAGACCCGGGAAAGCAUUGAUAAUGUGGAGGAGAUUGCUGCCGUGGAUGGAAUAGAUGUUUUGCUUAUCGGGUCGAACGACCUGGCUACGGAACUUGGCGUCCCUGCCCAGUUUAAGAGCAGUGAGUUCCAGUCAGCUGUAAAGGCCGUGAGUCGGGCUUGCAAGAAGUAUGGCAAGAUCUUCGGUCUCGCUGGUAUCUACGAGAAUGAAGAGCUGCAUGACUGGGCUCUAAACAAGCUCGGAGCUGGUUUCGUCCUGGUACAGCAAGACUCUGGGAUAUUGGCCCGAGCUGGGAAGGACUGUGCGAGCGCUAUUACGGCUCUCACUGGCCGUUAA